AUGGCAGCCAUCGCCUUCAUCGCUGCACAAUGCAGUUCCGCCUUAGGGCCGGCGGAUUUCUUCCCGUCAUUGGAGGGCUCGAUCGAGCCUCUAGUUGGAAAUUGGUCCCUGGGUUUAGAGAAUGACGGUAUAAAUGGUGCCGAGUGGUCCCUCCCCCUUUUCGAGGGGGCAGGGAACUCAAUUGUUUUUCAAAAUGAAGAGUGCAACGGACAGCUGAACGCUUCAGACACACUACCUAACUGUGAACUCAGUCCAGAUCUUCUAUUCAAUCCACCCAUAGGUUCUCACAUCUCGUCGCAAUCAGACGCUGAAAACCAAAACGUUUCUGUCUCACCGCCUGAAAUGCCCGAGUCUUCUUCCGGCCCAAGUCAACCCGCCAAGUCGCAGAGCCAAUCGCCGCCCGUAGACGCAAUCACGGCUCUCAAGCGCCGGCGCAACAACGCCGCGGCUCGCAAGUACCGGCAGAAGCGGAUCGACCGCAUCAGCGAGUUAGAGACGGAGCUUCGGAGCGUCAAGGAAGAGCGAGAUGAUUUGCGACUUCGCCUCGCUCGUCAGGAGGCGGAGGCGGCAACUUUGCGAAGCAUGUUACAGCUGAACUCUGGGAAGGGAGAGAAAAGUUAG